AUGUUGGGCCAAAGCAUCAGGUUUACAAACUCUGGUUGGAGUCACUGUGAGGAGAGCCCAGGGACAAGUCUGCCAUUUUCAAUGGAAAACAAGUGGUGGUUACUGACCAUGAUGACCAUGUAUUUUGAAUCUGGGUUUGCUGCACCUUUUAUAGUGAGGCACCAACGGCUUACAAAAUAAAGGUGUUGUAACUUACCCAUUAAACAGAUAAG